CCAUGCAAUUGAUUAACAGUGAAGGAGAUUUCAACGUGGAUGGAGUUGACGAAUUCAUGCAGAAAACUGAGCUAUAUAAGUGCGGCCUCUCUUAUGUUGUGGUUGCCAUCAUGAGACCCCAAAGUAGCGGGAAGAGCACCCUUUUAAAUCAUCUUUUCAAUACAAAUUUCAGAGAGACGGAUGCAUCAGAAGGAAGCUUUCAUAUAGUCGAAUUUAAUUGCAAAAUUGCGAUGGAUUUGGAGGGUAAUGAUGGAAGUGAAAGAGGCGAGGAUGACACUGCAUUUGAGAAACAAAUAGCUCUAUUCGCUUUGGCUAUUGCUGAUAUUGUGAUAAUAAACAUGUGGUGUCAUGAUGUUGGUCGGAAGCAUGCUGCCAACAAACCUUUAUUGAGAACAGUUUUUCAGGAAAUGUUAGAUAUCAUUUCUUGUUUGAAGUUAGAACAAGAGAAAAGCAACAAAAUGAUGCAAGAUUUGAUGGACUAUGCUAGAAACGUGGUGGAGAGAAAAGCAAGAGAAGCAGCUGAAAAGGUUCAGCAACUAACGGAAAUUAGGUUCGUAUCCAUCCUGAACGAUGAGACUGUGAGAAAAAAAGACACAAAAAAAGUUGUUAGGGCUGCUCGAGCUGAGUCUCUUAAGCUUUUGUCUGUAAUGACCGCCAUGCGAUUAGAUGAGAAACCGGAUAAAAUUGAGAAAAUGCUCUUUUCAUGCCUUAUGGAUGGAAAAGUUUCUCCGAAGGAUACCCUAAUUACACCAGCGCAAUGCAAUUCAUUAUGGGAACGCUUCCAAGCAGAUGGCUUCACUCCUACUCAAGAUUUUGUUCAAACACAGGUACAUUAUAUCAAUUAAUUGAGGAACAAUUUCGGCCUUAAUUUCUUUGACCAUUUUGUUUUGUUUUGUAUUAGGGAGGGAUAAAGGGCCUCUAUAUAGCUGCUGCGAGUCUUGCAGUUUCUGUUGCGAGCCUUGGAGCUGCCAUUGCAGCU